AUGAAAGAAUCCAAUUUAAAGCAUUUACCUUCGGAUAAAUUUUAUGUUGAGCUGAAUAAUAAAAAAGUUGUUGAUAUUUCUAAUAGUUGCAAGAAUUUUAGCACACUAUUACCUCAAAACGAAAAAAUUCAAACAAUUUGCACCCAACUCAUAACAAAUAUAUUUUACUUCAGAGAUGUACAUAGUAAAAACGGAAGUUUUUUGGAUAAGCAUUGUUAUGACUUGAAUUAUUGGUUACAUGAUCAACUAUCUAUGUUUUUAGGUCGAAAAGCGAAUAAUGCAAACAUUUAUGCUCUCUUUACAGAAUUUAAAAAAGUAUGGGAGUCUCUUAUUAAUCAAGAAUUAUUUGAUAAUACUGAUUAUAUAUGUAUGCCGAAACCCGAACUUUUUAAAAUACCAUUAGUAAAAUAUAUGAAAUAUUUUUUGGAUUACCUUGAAAAUUAUGAAACAAUUAAAAAUGAAAUUACUACGUCUGGUGAAAAACCAAACAAUUAUUGCCCAUAUAUUUCAGAAAGUGUUCAACUAUAUCAUGCGUUUAAAGCAUUAUGUUCAACUGUUUUGAAUAAAUACUGCAACAAAUAUGUAAAAGAUUAUACAGAAUAUAAUCCUAGAACGUUAUUGCACAUGUUAUCAUGUGAGGGAGGAGAAACAAGUAAUAUUCUUCAUAAUAAAGGGUUUAUGCCAGAAAAGCUAAAUUUUCAACGGUUUAACCCUAACUCAAUGAUCCCAGGUCUAAGUCACAUACCAGAUCUUCCAAAUGUAUUAAUGCAGUCUCUGUCUGGUUUAAUGGAAAAUGGAAUUGGCCCAUUAAAUUUAGAAUCUCUUCUUAAUACAUUUCCAUCCUUGUCAAAUAUGAUUAACUCCAGUGCGUAUAAGCAUGUAGAUCUUGUUUUUUCUGUUUUAAUAUUUUCAAUAGAAGGAGAAGAAGACGUGGAUAUUUAA